AAGCCAAUGGGUGGGGAGACUGGAAAAGCCCCACACAUCUGAGCCAAUGGGUGGGGAGACUGGUAAAGCCCCACACAUCUGAGCCAAUGGGUGGGGAGACUGGUAAAGCCCCACACAUCUGAGCCAAUGGGUGGGGAGACUGGAAUAUGACCCCCUGACCUGGUGAGGUGUGUUCAAGCAUCCUCCUGGAAAAGGGUGAGAAACCAGCAAGAGCAGCACAUCCACAGACACUAAACAGAAGCAAAAACAGGCCAGCCUGUUUGAGGGAGUCCAGUCAAUUAAUGAAGCUCAGUUUGUACAGAAAGUCUGGAUGGACCGGUCAGCUAGACCUACGAGGUUAAGAGACUGUGAGGUUAUUUUCUCUACAAUUGUUUUCCUGUAAAGGUGUCUUGUCAUCAGACACAUCUUGUAGAAUUCCUGAUAAAGUACUAGCAGGCAAUGCAGGACUAUGUAUCCAGCAUCCUGGAUAAUGCACUUCAUAUCAAAACUGGCAGCUGUUGUUGAUAACAAAGGCAGGUAUAUAAAAAUUAUUUUUUGUAACUUGUACCUUUCUACCUAAAUAUGUACAUUGCAUCACUUUAUGUCCAUGUUAAUGUAUGUUCACAUAAUAAUGUUUGUUUUUGUUUUGUAGCAUUAGGGUUUAUUGACUUAGCUAAAAACAUCCACUCACUGUGGGGUGCCUGUGGGGAUGGUGUAUUGAUAAUAAAUAUGUACCUGUAAUGUACACUACUUUGUGACUCAGAUUGAAUAGCAAUUUUAGCUAUUUGCAUUCACCAGAAUUCGCCCAGAAUUCCGAUAUGACCCUUCUUCUGUUUUUCUUUUUUUUAGCUUUAACCUGUCCACCUCAAAUGGAUAUGUAUAGUGUAGUGUUUUCUUAUUUUAAACAGUAGGUUGAUCACGCUGACUCCAUCACAGAUUAGGGGAUAUUGCUAAAUUAUUAAGUGAGUCAAUGUAUUAUGAUCUUUGUAGUUAUGAGUGCCUUAAAAUAGCAUGCGCCAUAAAACCACUCCUGGUCUUCCACUGUUAUUCUUCUCGAAUAUUACACUGAUGUUCUUCCUUUAACUGAUUCAAAGAUUGGCACAUAGAGAGUUCAGAAGUCAAAUCAUUCAGGUAUGAAUAAUUUAUUACUGUGAUAAUCAUUUUACAUUACUGAGACUAUACUUAAUGUCUGUCAAUUGUAUCUUUUUGUGUAUUUUAAACUGUCGAUUAAAAGAUGCAAUAAAACACAAAUCAGUUGGGCAUGUUGUUGGAUUUUGUGCUCCCAUAAAGACAUGUACCGUAACAGGAAGUCUUUUCACUGUAGUAAAGCGUGGGUUCAGGCUUCCUGUUUAAUUUCUCUGCAGCUAUUGUGUGGUGCUACCCGGAGUGACACAGAGUCUUGCUCUCUGAGUGAUAAGCUUAUCUGGCCUACAAAUAAGGGGGCUGGUGGAGAGUCAGGGACGCUGGAGAGAUCACUACGGAAAUGGAGAGGAAGGUGUGAAAGAAAAAAUGGAAACAGAUAAAGACCUUUAUCUCUCUCUCGCUCGGCUGGUCCUCUCACUAUUCUACAGUACCUGGGUGAAGAAAGGAAAAGAACCUCAAAAUGGAUUGCUUCGAGUUUCUAAAAAUAAUGAUGUUCCUGUUCAACGGAGUCAUCUUUCUGGCCGGUGCCGCUAUUUUGGGCGUGGGGGUGUGGGUGAAGGUGGACAGCAGCUCCCUGCUGGCGGUCCUGGGCAAGAUAGAGAGCGCCCCGCCGGAGCUGGACCAGCUGCUCAACGUGGGGUACCUGCUGAUCGCCGUGGGCGGCGUGCUGCUGAUCAUGGGCUUCCUGGGCUGCUGCGGGGCCAUCAAGGAGAGCCGGUGCAUGCUGCUGCUGUUCUUUGUGGCGGUGCUGGUGGUAUUCAUUGCGGAAGUGGCGGGAGCCAUUGUGGUCCUGGUCUUUAAACCUCUGGCAGAGAAUCUGGUUAGCCAGUUGGGUGAAAAAGCUGUUGAAGCCAUCAAAAAGCAUUAUGGAGCAAACCCUGACAUCACUGGCCCUUGGAAUGUCACCAUGGAUGGGUUGAAUUGCUGUGGAUUUUAUAAUUACACGGACUUCGAUAAUUCUCCCUUUUACAAUGACAGUGGCAUGACCUAUCCAAAAGAAUGCUGCAGAAACGUCACCUGUAAUUCUGCAAACGCUGUUACAUCGAACAUCCCUGGCUGUUUACCUAGAAUGAUAAAACUAAUAGAUGACAACAUAGUCAUCAUAGGAGCUGUGGCACUGGGAAUAGCCGCUCUUGAGAUUGCAGCAAUGGCCGUAUCCAUGUCAAUGUACCGCCAAAUAGGCGCCAAGUAGGGACAAUGCCAGAGGACUCUCGCUAUCUUUACACCAUUAGCCAUAAUCAGCAGAGAUUCUAAAUGAAGGGCCGCGAAUGGCUUUCAGUCAAAUCAACAGCCAUAUGUAACAUACACAAAAAGUGGUAAGAUGCUGUUCGUUGAUGUGAAAGCCAACAAUUUGAUGUGUCUGCCUUGCACGUCGUAUUAUAACGUCGUGUUUUAGCACUUACCUUUUGCAUUACUUUUCUAAUCAAGCAUCAAACUAUUCCUCUUUUUACCCAAGCUGAGCACUGUUUUUAUACUGUGUGAUGACGUUUUCCCCAUCGCAUAUCCAUAUCACAACUGUAUUGUUUUAUAUUCAAUAAUGAUAUGGAAAUAGUAUUACUCUAUUGUCUUCAAUCAAUUUUGCAAAUGUACAUAUGAUAUUUACAAAAACACACAAAACAAAAAUUACAACAUUUAUGAUACUGUAUGUUUUUGAUUUCAGUUGUCGUGUAUUUCAUUCAAAUUAUAAAUAAAAUUUUUUUAUGUCAAUAGUAUGUACUAGAUCAUACUUUAUUUAAACUAUUUUUGUUUCAUUUUUGUCCUGUGUAUAUUUGUUGCAUUUAAAAUAAUGCUGAAUUGAAUAAAAUACGAUAUGAAAAACUGAAA